GUAAUCUUCUAGUCUCGUAGUCGUAUGAUUCGUAUCUCACCAAGUCGCAGUGGCAUUAUCGUGAUUCUUUCUCAAAACCGCCAUGGAAGAAGAAUACUCCGUUGAUGCAGCUCAGCUACUCCAAGCUGCAACUGAUUUCGCUUAUGAUCCCAGCCCUCAAUCUGAUGUUUCAGCUCAAGAAUUCCUCGACCGCUUCCCUCUGCCCGCCGUUAUCAAUGCUUUACAAGCGAAAUCGGAUUAUCCGGGUCUGGAGGACGCGUUGUGUGAUUGUUUAGACAAGGUUUUCAGAACUAAAUAUGGAGCAUCUUUGAUCCCACAUUUCAUGCCUUUCGUUGUUGUUGGCCUGGGUGCACCAUCUCAGAAUGUCAGGCGUUUGGCUUGUACAACAGUGUCUUCCCUUUUGGAUAAUACUGAUGAAACUACUGCUGUAUAUCUCAUUCUCCAGAAUGGUGUAUAUCCUUUAUUGCUCAGUUGCCUGAUUGAUGGGGAUGAACAAGUUGCAGCAGCAGCGAUUGCUGCAAUUAAGAAUUUGGCUGGCUUUACAAAAGGCUUAGAUAUCAUAUUUCCCGCAAGCAGCAGUGAACAGACACAUCUUGGAGACUUGGCUGCAAAAUGUUCUUCACUGGGACGAGUUCGAGUUUUAGCAUUGAUUGUGAAGUUAUUUUCUAUUUCUACCACCGUGGCAUCAAAAGUCUACAAUGCCAAUCUUCUUAGCUUGUUGGAGAAAGAAGUUGGCAAUGCUAAUGAUACACUUGUAACAUUGAGCGCAUUAGAACUUUUAUACGAGUUGGUUGAAGCUCAGCAUAGCAUGGAAUUCUUGUCAAGAACUACACUUCUUUAUCUACUUAGUUCAAUAAUUAGCAAUGCAUCUGCUGACUCAAUCUUGAGAUCUAGAGCAAUGCUGAUAACUGGAAGGGUGUUGUCCAACGACAAUGCAUUUCUGUUUAUUGAUGAACCUAGUUAUAGAAAUGUCAUUUCAGCUAUUGAUAGGAGGUUUGCUUUUCUGGGAAGUCAAGAUGCAGACGAAUUUGAAUGUGCACUUGAAGCAUUUGGUCAAAUUGGUUUGUGCAAGAAAGGAGCUGCUGCGCUACUAUCGAGUUCACCUGCUCCUGUUAGGCAUGUUAUCAGUGCUGCUUUUGAUUGCCAACAUCAUGGUAAACGACUGGCUGCACUGCAUGCUCUUGGAAACAUUGUUGGAGAAACUCGUUCUGGAAAUGACGUGUUACUGGAUGGUGAUGCAGAAGAGUCAUUACGACGUUUGAUCUAUGACACAUCAUCAAAGUCUCCUAAACUGACACCUUCUGGCCUCCUCCUAUCGGUUCUUCAACAGGAUUCAGAAAUUCGUCUUGCUGGGUAUCGAGUGAUCACAGGAUUGGUGGCUCGACCUUGGUGCCUGAUAGAGAUUAUAUCUAGACAAGAAAUUGUAGAUAUUGUUACCAACAAAUAUACUGAAACAGAAAAGAUAGGUAUGGAAGCUCGGCACAAGUGUUGUGAGGCAGUAUACGAGUCUUUCACCUCAUCCAGCAAACUAAUGAGUGACCCUGCACGUUCUGGUCUAGCUACAAAGCUGGAGGAAGCUAUUAGAAGUGGUCCUUACCUGGGAAGAAAGCAUGCUGAAGCUCAGCCUGUUGUGAUGACAGAGCAGAGGUUUUAGGGUCUUCUACAGAGUGUUCAUGUAACAGGUUAAGAGUACCUACCAUGUUAAGCAUUCCAUUUUGAAUUGAUUCUAGUGAGUGUGAGAUCACAUCUCAUUAUUCUCAGUUUAUACUGUAGGAUGGAUAACAAGAUCAAAUUUUUUCAGGAUAUCACUACGAGUAGUUACUCUUUAUACUCUCUUCAUUAGGACAACACCUCUAAUUUGCGGCUCACGCCCAAAACUUUUCAUUUUUAUAAUUACAACGUUCAAUGAUUUAUUAAA